CAGGGUGUACUGAAAGUACGCAAGCGGGUCACCUUGAUGGUCAUAACAGUCAGUAUCGUUUUUGGAGUAACCUGGCUGGCAGACUCGUUUAACUUCGUCCUCUACUAUUAUAAGCCUUCCUUCAAUCAGCUGACAUACGCAUCGACUUCCAUUUUGAUCCUGUUCAAUUCUGCUAUCAAUCCUAUUCUGUAUGCUUUGAUAAAUCAGAGAUUCAAAGAGAAAAUGAAAGGAAUAUUAAGUGGCAAGUGUCGUGCAGAACCAGACGGGAUGUUUUCUGUUAAAAAACAUGAAAAAGUGGAAACAGCCGUUAUCUCCUUU